UUGAUUAUUAUCACUACAACCAAAAACAUUGAUAACACAGGUCUUUUCAAGUGUGUGGCAUCUCUAACCUUGUUGUCUUCAAUGGCUUCCCUUAUUAACAUGCUUUCAGUUUCACCAAAAAUAUUAUCACCCACAACAACAACAAGAACCCCUUCACUUCAAACAAGACCCUUUUUGACACCUUUUUCUGCAUCAUUUACUAAGAGAAGAUUUACCAUUAGAGCAGCUGAAACUGAUGCAAAUGAAGCAGUUAAAUCUGAGGCACCAGAUAAGGCACCAGCUAAAAAUGGAUCAAGCUUCAAUCAGCUUCUUGGUAUUAAAGGAGCUUCUCUAGAAACUAAUAAAUGGAAGAUUCGUCUUCAACUUACAAAGCCUGUAACUUGGCCUCCAUUAGUGUGGGGUGUAGUUUGCGGCGCUGCUGCUUCUGGAAAUUUCCAUUGGAACUUUGAGGAUGUUGCUAAAUCUAUUUUGUGCAUGAUGAUGUCUGGCCCGUUCUUGACAGGAUAUACACAGACUCUAAAUGAUUGGUAUGACCGAGAAAUUGAUGCAAUAAACGAACCUUAUAGACCAAUUCCUUCUGGAGCAAUAUCCGAGAAUGAGGUAAUCACUCAAAUAUGGGUGCUGCUACUAGGAGGUCUUACCACGGCUGGUAUAUUAGAUAUAUUGGCAGGGCAUGAUUUCCCUAUAAUUUUUUACCUUGCAUUGGGUGGAUCCCUGCUGUCAUAUAUAUAUUCUGCACCUCCCUUAAAGUUAAAACAAAAUGGAUGGAUUGGAAACUUUGCCCUUGGAGCAAGUUACAUUAGUUUGCCAUGGUGGGCUGGUCAGGCUUUGUUUGGGACUCUUACACCAGACAUUAUUGUACUCACACUCCUAUACAGCAUAGCUGGAUUGGGAAUUGCCAUUGUAAAUGACUUCAAAAGUGUUGAAGGGGAUAGAGCUCUAGGACUUCAGUCUCUUCCUGUUGCUUUUGGUGCUGAAACUGCAAAAUGGAUAUGUGUUGGCGCUAUUGACAUUACACAAUUAUCUGUUGCUGGAUAUCUACUUGGGGCUGGUAAACCAUAUUAUGCAUUGGCUCUACUUGCCUUAAUAGCUCCACAAGUCAUAUUUCAGUUCAAGUAUUUCCUGAAGGACCCUGUGAAAUAUGAUGUUAAAUAUCAGGCUAGUGCACAACCAUUUUUGGUUCUUGGUCUGUUGGUUACUGCUCUAGCAACUAGCCACUGACAAAAAGAUGUUAAGGGAGUCACCAUUUAGAAGGAACUUCACAAAUUUGAGGCUUUUGUUAGUUGCCUUCAUUGAAGAUGUGUGCCAUAGUUUUUUAAUUUGUCACCCUGCAUACAGGGCUAUCAUCAAAGUUUGUACUUACUAUUUUUCUGUUUUUCCCUCUAGCUUUUGUUUUGUUCUGUCUUCUCUUAUCCACUUAAGUUUUUGAUAAUUUAUAAGUUAAGGUUGAGAAGAUUUAGGAAACUUUAAAAAGUGACUAAUUGUACAAAAUGUAUUGUAGACAUAUACAUUUACAAUUCCCUUUCAUGAUUUAAUAAAUAUAACCUUGAUUGCCUUUCAUGGUUUAUUGAUA